AUGGAAAACAAACAGCUUGCUACUAUCAUUGACAGACGCGAUACACCUCUCAACACCCGGCCAGCGUCCCCAUACACGCUGACGCCGCCAGUGGAGGCCGAUGGGCUAUCGUGGCCCACGCCCGGGUCGCGGUCGCGAGCAGACGAGUCGCAACAGGACACGCAGGAGCGUACGGACCGCAUCGCAGCAGCGAUGAAGGUGAUUUUGACCGAGCUGGGCGAGGACGUGACUCGUGAGGGCCUGCUGGACACGCCGCAACGGUACGCCAAGGCCAUGCUGUACUUCACACAGGGCUACCAGCACAACAUCCUGGACGACGUGAUCAAAAACGCAGUGUUCGAAGAAGACCACGACGAAAUGGUCAUCGUCCGUGACAUCGAGGUGUACUCGCUGUGCGAGCACCAUCUGGUUCCGUUCUUUGGCAAAGUGCACAUCGGGUACAUCCCAAACAAAAAAGUGCUGGGACUCAGCAAGCUGGCAAGACUGGCCGAAAUGUACGCUCGUCGUCUGCAGGUGCAGGAACGGCUCACGAAACAGAUCGCAAUGGCCCUGAGCGAGAUCCUCAAGCCUCGUGGUGUGGCCGUGGUGAUGGAGGCCACCCACAUGUGCAUGGUGUCGCGUGGAAUCCAAAAAACUGGCUCCUCGACCGUCACCUCGUGUAUGCUGGGCUGUUUCCGGGGCGCGCACAAGACGCGCGAGGAGUUUCUGAACCUGCUGGGCCGUCGCAGCUAA